CCAAGCACCACGAUGACCGACUCCGACAACAGUCUGUGCCCUUCUUCUUCAAGUCCCCCGUCUUCACCGUCGAGUCGUACCAGCAUAUCUUUGCAUCAAACCCCUCAACGAUUGCCGAACCUUGCUCUGGACCCAAACCAAAUUGCCACAAUCGCCCAUAGACUCCACGACACGCUCUGCGAAUUGCGUAUACCGAAACACAAAAGCAGCAUCUCUGUCUCAAUGAAUACCCUCGAAGACAUCAUCGUUAGAUCGCAGCAACUUGCUCUCUUGACCUCCAGCUUUGCCACAACCUUCAAUGCCAGGGAGAAUGGACCGGUAGCAGAAGAAAUAGCGAGAAUGUCCAGCGCUAUAUCUCAUAGACUAGGAAAUAUCGAAUCCAGACUCAAACCAUCGACACAAGACAACCACCCGACGACAGCCGUGAAUGGCAUACGUCAUGCUACGCUUUAUCUCCAGGACGGAAAUAUUGUCCUCGUUGCAGGGUCUCCUCAAAUUAUAUUCCGCGUUCACCGUUCAAUGCUCUCACGUCAAUCCGACUUUUUUGCAACUAUGUUCACACUUCCUGGCCCCGACCGCGAAUGCUAUGAUGGAGCGCCGUUGAUAUUUAUGCAGGACGAUCCCCAAGCCGUUGAGAGUUUGCUUAAUGUUUUGUACGACCCAAGCCAACUACCAUAUAAGCGUCUUGCGCCAGAGACUCCGUUGCGAGUUCGCCAUGUGCUUGCAAUUGCCACCAAAUACGAAAUGGAUGCGUUACGGGAUCGAAUCGUUACUCAGCUUGAGGCUGACUGGCCAUAUACUCUGCGUGGUUGGGAUCGUCUGGAGUCUGAGAUCGAAGGACUUAUCGAGGAGGACGAGGAUGGCGACGUUGACGGCCUGCAUAUCGACGACAAGUUACCUGAACCGUGCGCAGCUGUUCGUCUUGCAGUGGAAUGCAGUAUUCCCAAAAUACUGCCCUCAGCCUUGUAUCACCUGUCACGGCUUGACAUCCAGGACGACUGGCUAGAGAGUCGGAAAGACGAUUCGCGGUCGACAACCACCAAUCGAACAGCUAGAUGGGAUCUCCUUGUUGGCGACGAUUUCAGGCUUUUGCUCAAGCUACGUAAUAUGAUCGCCAGCUUCGAGUAUGACGACAUAUACACGACUUCCCUCCAGUGUCGCUCCUCAGACGAGUGUCACGAUGGUUGGCAGAGGAUUCGCAAUUCUUGGACGACUGCAACCGACCCUCUCGACGAACUCAAGUGUUUUAUUCAGGAUCGUCCCAGUGCGCUAUGCAAGCACUGUUGGUCAACGUUUCAAGAUGGAGCGCAAACCAAGCGGGGGGAGUUGUGGAAUGCUAUUUGCCUGUUUGUGGAGAAAGAAUGCUGA